AUGGGGGACAGUCAGAUGGAAGAGUUUGGAGCUGCGGCUCCGUUCCUCAGGAAGUCUGAUAGGGAGCGUUUGGAGGCCCAAACUCGCCCCUUUGACAUGAAGAGAGAAUGUUUCGUCCCUGAUACUGAGGAGGAGUAUGUGAAAGGAACCAUCAUCAGUCGGGACGGGGACAAAGUCACCUGCGAGACUUCUAAUGGCAAAACAGUAACUGUGAAGGAGGCUUAUAUUCAUCCUCAGAACCCGCCAAAGUUCGAUAAAAUUGAGGACAUGGCGAUGUUCACCUUCCUCCACGAGCCCGCUGUGCUGUUUAACCUCAAAGAGCGUUACGCAGCCUGGAUGAUCUACACCUACUCUGGGCUCUUCUGUGUCACUGUAAACCCCUACAAGUGGCUUCCAGUGUACAAUCAGGAAGUUGUCAUUGCUUACAGAGGAAAGAAGAGGAGUGAAGCUCCUCCUCACAUCUUCUCCAUCUCAGACAAUGCCUACCAGUACAUGCUGGCAGACAGGGAAAAUCAGUCUAUUCUCAUUACUGGAGAAUCUGGUGCUGGAAAGACUGUGAACACCAAGAGGGUCAUUCAGUACUUUGCAAGUAUCGCUGCUAGUCCUUCGAAGAAGGAAACCACUGAUAAGAAGGGCACCCUGGAAGAUCAAAUUAUCCAAUGUAACCCUGCUCUUGAGGCAUUUGGUAAUGCCAAGACCAUCAGAAAUGACAACUCAUCCAGAUUUGGCAAGUUUAUUCGCAUCCACUUUGGUGCAACUGGGAAACUCGCUUCUGCAGAUAUUGAGACUUAUCUUCUGGAGAAGUCUCGUGUGACUUUCCAGCUCAAGGCUGAGAGAGACUACCACAUCUUCUACCAGAUCCUGUCUCAGAAGAAACCAGAACUAUUAGAGAUGCUAUUGAUCACAGCAAACCCUUACGAUUACGCAUUCAUCUCCCAAGGAGAGACGCAAGUGGCCUCUAUUAAUGAUGCCGAAGAGCUGAUGGCAACUGAUGAAGCUUUUGAUGUGUUGGGCUUCACCCAAGAGGAGAAGAACAGCAUCUACAAGCUGACAGGUGCCAUCAUGCACUACGGCAACAUGAAGUUUAAGCAGAAGCAAAGAGAGGAACAGGCAGAGGCUGAUGGGACUGAGGAUGCUGAUAAAUCAGCUUAUCUGAUGGGCCUGAACUCUGCUGAUCUUAUCAAGGCUCUGUGCCACCCAAGAGUCAAAGUCGGAAAUGAGUGGGUCACCAAGGGACAGAAUGUCCAACAGGUGGAAACUAAUUCCUGACAUCAUAAACAUACUUUUAACAAAAUAACUAUUGUAAUAAAUUUGAUGUAACAUUUCAAUGUAUUAUCUCUGUUGGACAGGUGUACUAUGCAACUGGUGCUCUCUCUAAAGCAGUGUAUGAGAGGAUGUUCCUUUGGAUGGUUGUAAGAAUCAACCAAUCCCUGGACACCAAGCAGCCUCGCCAGUACUUCAUUGGUGUGCUGGACAUUGCUGGAUUUGAGAUCUUUGAUGUAAGCUAACAUUAACUUAUUUAAGUACAAUUCCAACAUGCAGUGUUACUUUGAUCUCCAUUGUGAUUAAACAUUGUAUUAAAUUUGCAGUUCAACACCUUUGAGCAGCUGUGCAUCAACUUCACUAAUGAGAAGUUGCAGCAGUUCUUCAAUCACCACAUGUUUGUGCUGGAACAAGAGGAAUACAAGAAGGAGGGUAUUGAGUGGGUCUUCAUCGACUUCGGCAUGGACUUGCAGGCUUGUAUUGAUCUCAUUGAAAAGGUAGGUAUACAAAGUAUUUUUACGAAACAUCUAAUCUUGAAGCAUUAUCUAGUAUCUAAUAUUUCAAAGUUACAAAUGAGCUUAUACAGUGUAAAUCUGCUCCAAUGCAUCCUUGUCCUCAACAGCCCAUGGGUAUCAUGUCCAUCCUUGAAGAGGAGUGCAUGUUCCCCAAAGCCAGUGAUACCACAUUUAAAGCUAAGCUUUAUGACAACCACUUGGGGAAAUCAAGCAACUUCCAGAAGCCCAGGAUUGUCAAGGGUAAACCAGAGGCUCAUUUCUCGCUGAUUCACUACGCUGGCACUGUUGACUACAACAUCAAUAACUGGCUGGUGAAGAACAAGGAUCCUCUUAAUGAGACUGUUGUGGGCCUGUAUCAGAAGUCCACCAUGAAACUGCUGUCUAACCUGUUUGCAAACUAUGCCAGUGCUGAAUCAGGUAAGAAUAUUUUUUUUUUUAAAGUUUUUUAAUAAAUAAAAAAAUCAUGGCUGUGUGAUUAAGAUUCAGUCACUUUCCAGGAAAUCUUACCACCAUUCUUUUACACCUGCUUUGGAGUUUUCACUCACUUGCCGUCUCACAAUGGGUGAUAUUUGGAAUAACUGUUUGGUUUAACUUUGCACAUUUUUUUUUUUAAAUCUGUUCAGCAAGAAUUUCUUGUGAAAACAAGUUUUGGGUCUGAAAAUUUAUAAAUAAAAUUUUCUCUGCAGCCAUGCAGGAAGGUGGAGGCAAAAGCAAAGAUCAAAAAAAGAAAAAGGGAUCCUCUUUCCAAACUGUUUCUGCUCUUCAUAGGGUAAGAGUCAAAUAAUGUACUUUGGAUAAUUACACCACAUAUUUCUGUAUGCAAAUGGAAAAUAUAUACAUACACGAUCAACCACAACAUUAAAACCACCUGUCUAAUUUUGUGUAGCUCCCCCUCGUGCCACCAAAACAUCGCCAACACGCAUCUCAGAAAAGCAGAUGAGAUUAUUUUCUUCUCACC